GGCUUCUGUCUCUAGGAGAUUUCAUAAUUCGGUAGCCAUGGCGCUCCGAGCGUGGAACCCUAAUCUGCAGUUUCUCCUUUUUCUUUCAUUGCUGGCGAUCGCUUCCGCGAAGGUCUUUUUUGAGGAACGUUUUGAUGGUGGAUGGGAAAAUCGCUGGGUAAAAUCUGAUUGGAAGAAAGAUGAGAACUUGGCUGGGGAGUGGAACUACACCUCUGGUAAAUGGAAUGGUGAUCCUGAUGACAAAGGUAUCCAGACAAGUGAAGACUACAGAUUUUAUGCGAUUUCUGCUCAGUUCCCUGAAUUCAGCAAUAAGGAUAAGACACUGGUCUUCCAAUUUUCUGUUAAGCACGAGCAGAAACUUGACUGUGGUGGUGGAUACAUGAAAUUACUUAGCGGGGAAAUUGAUCAGAAGAAAUUUGGUGGGGAAACUCCAUACAGUAUUAUGUUUGGUCCAGAUAUCUGUGGUUACAGUACCAAGAAAGUGCAUGCAAUUUUAACGUACAAUGGCACAAACCACUUGAUAAAGAAGGAUGUACCAUGUGAGACUGACCAACUAACUCACGUAUACACAUUUGUCCUCCGUCCAGAUGCAACCUAUAGCAUCCUUAUUGAUAAUGUGGAGAAACAAACUGGCAGUCUUUAUUCUGAUUGGGAUCUUCUCCCUCCCAAGAAAAUCAAGGAUCCUUCUGCCAAAAAACCAGAAGAUUGGGAUGACAAAGAGUACAUUCCUGAUCCUGAGGAUAAGAAGCCAGAGGGGUACGAUGACAUCCCGAAAGAGAUUCCGGAUCCUGAUGCCAAGAAGCCCGAGGACUGGGAUGAUGAGGAAGAUGGUGAGUGGACACCACCAACCAUUGCGAACCCUGAGUACAAGGGCCCAUGGAAGCCGAAGAAAAUUAAGAACCCCAAUUACAAAGGAAAGUGGAAGGCUCCAAUGAUUGACAACCCAGAUUUCAAUGACGAUCCUGAGCUCUAUGUUUUCCCCAACUUGAAGUAUGUUGGCAUUGAAUUGUGGCAGGUGAAAUCUGGUACAAUGUUUGACAAUGUCUUGAUUACUGAUGAUCCGGAAUAUGCUAAACAAUUGGCUGAAGAAACAUGGGGCAAGCAGAAAGAUGCUGAGAAGGCGGCAUUUGAAGAGGCUGAAAAGAAGAGAGAGGAAGAGGAAUCAAAGGAUGAUCCAGUCGAUUCUGAUGCUGAGGAUGAAGAAGAUGCUGAUGCUGAUGCUGAUGCUGAUGAAGCAGCGGAUGAUACGGACUCUGGCGAAGAUGCCGAAACUAAGAAAGAGGAUGCACAUGAUGAGCUUUAAGGAGUUUGCAAGUGACUGAUAUUCGCUGGAUAAGGCUUGAGUGCUUCAUUAUCAUCUUUUUAUUUUUUCCCCAUAUCGAUUCUAAUGGUAGGAAUUUCUGUUUUUGGGACAAUCCAAGAACGCUGCAACUUGUAAACAAAAAAGGGUCGAGGUUUAUCUUCAAUCCUGUUUAACUAUGUCAGCUUAUUAGAACAGGGUUAAAACGGCUAUCUUUGAGGUUUAAUUGAUUUCUUCGAUAAUCUUUAGUUGGC